AUGCGGAUGGGCGAGCGGGUUGGCUGCGGCAAGUUCUUCGAGGGCAACGCCGAGGAGAUGCACACCGCGCUGAACAAGACGCUGGCCUCGCUGCCCGACGACACGGUUGUGUUUCCCGGCCACGAGUACACAAAGUCCAACGUCAAGUUCGCCGCAUCGGUGCUGCAGAACGAGGCGAUCCAGAAGCUGCAGGCCUUUGCGGAGAACAACAAGGAGACGCAGGGCAAGUUCACGAUUGGCGACGAGAAGAAACACAACGUCUUUAUGCGCGUUGAGGUGAGUUUGCGUCCCCUGGCGGCAAGAGAGCACGCGAGGCUGAUGCGUGCACAGGACCCCGAGAUCCAAAAGGUUACAGGGGCGAACGAGCCCGUCGCCGUCAUGGCCAAGCUGCGCGAGAUGAAGAACAACUUCAAGUGA